AUGAAAUACUUUCACGUUAUUGCCACCGUUUUUCUGGUGGCUGUUAUUUGUAUAGAAUCUGGUUCUGGAAUAAAAUGUUUUGUUUGCAAUUCUUUCCAACAGCAAGAUUGUGAAGAUACUUUUGAUAAUUCCACAUACAAACUUACAGAUUGUGGUGCUGAAUAUGAUAGAUGCAGAAAGAUUGUACAAGAACUUAAAGUAAACAAGGAAUGGGAAGUAAGAUACAUCAGACAAUGUGCCAAAGGAGGCUUAAUUGGAAAGGAUGAGGGCAAAGUGUGUAAAGAUAGAAUCGGAACCAGUGGUGUCAAAAUGAAGUACUGUCAUUGCAAAACACAAGUUUAUAUCUAUCUAUCUAUCUAUCUAUCUAUCUAUCUAUCUAUCUAUCUAUGUCACUUCAGAUCUAUCUAUCUAUCUAUCUAUCUUGGUCACUUUAGAUCUAUCUAUCUAUCUCAAUCUAUCUAUCUCAGUCACUUCAGAUCUAUCUAUCUCGGUCACUUCAGAUCUAUCUAUCUAUCUAUCUAUCUAUCUAUCUAUCUAUCUAUCUAUCUAUCUAUCUAUGUCACUUCAGAUCUAUCUAUCACAGUCACUUCAGAUCUAUCUAUCUAUCUAUCUAUCUAUCUAUCUAUCUAUCUAAAUCUAUCUAUCUAUCUAUCUAUCUAUCUAUCUAUCUAUCUAGAUCUAUCUAUCUAUCUAUCUAUCUAUCUAUCUAUCUAUCUAUCUAUCUAUCUCGGUCACUUCAGAUCUAUCUAUCUAUCUAUCCAUCUAUCUAUCUCGGUCACUUCAGAUCUAUCUAUCUAUCCAUCUAUCUAUCUCGGUCACUUCAGAUCUAUCUAUCUAUCUAUCUAUCUAGAUCUAUCUAUCUAUCCAUCUAUCUAUCUAGGUCACUUCAGAUCUAUCUAUCUAUCCAUCUAUCUAUCUAGAUCUAUCUAUCUAUCUUGGUCACUUCAAAUCUAUCUAUCUAUCUAUCUAUCUAUCUAUCUAUCUAUGUCACUUCAGAUCUAUCUAUCUAUCUAUCUAUCUUGUCACUUUAGAUCUAUCUAUCUCAACUAUUUGCAUCUCUCGGUCUGUUUGAAUUUAUCUAUCACGGUCUUCAGAUCUAUCUAUCUCAGUCACUUCAGAUCUAUCUAUCUAUCUAUCUAUCUAUCUAUCUAUCUAUCUAUCUAUCUAUCUAUCUAUCUAGAUCUAUCUAUCUAUCUAUCUAUCUAUCUAUCUAUCUAUCUAUCUAUCUAUCUAUCUAUCUAUCUAUCUAUCUAUCUAUCUAGAUCUAUCUAUCACAGUCACUUCAGAUCUAUCUAUCUAGUCAUCUAUCUAUCAUCUAUCUAUCUCAGAUCUAUCUAUCUAUCUAUCUAUCUAUCUAUCUAUCUAUCUAGGUCACUUCAGAUCUAUCUAUCUAUCGAUCUAUCUAUCUAUCUAUCUAUCUAUCUAUCUAGAUCUAUCUAUCUAUCUAUCUAUCUAUCUAUCUAUGUCACUUUAGAUCUAUCUAUCUCAGUCACUUCAGAUCUAUCUAUCUAUAUAUCUAUCCAUCUCGAUCACUUCAGAUCUAUCUAUCUAUCUAUCUCGGUCACUUCAGAUCUAUCUAUCUAUCCAUCUAUCUAUCUCGGUCACUUCGGAUCUAUCUAUCUAUCCAUCUAUCUAUCUAUCUAUCUAUCUAGAUCUAUCUAUAUAUCUUGGUCACUUCAGAUCUAUCUAUCUAUCUAUCUAUCUAUCUAUCUAUCUAUCUAUCUAUCUAUCUAUCUAUGUCACUUUAGAUCUAUCUAUCUCAGUUACUUCAGAUCUAUCUAUAUAUCUAUCCAUCUAUCUAUCUCAGUCUUCAGAUCUAUCUAUCUAUCCAUCUAUCUAUCUAGGUCACUUCAGAUCUAUCUAUCUAUCUAUCCAUCUAUCUAUCUAGGUCACUUUAGAUCUAUCUAUCUAUCUAUCUCCGUCACUUCAGAUCUAUCUAUCUAUCUAUCUCCGUCACUUCAGAUCUAUCUAUCUAUCUUGGUCACUUCAGAUCUAUCUAUCUAUCUAUCUAUCUAUCUAUCUAUCUAUCUAUCUAUCUAUCUCAGUCUAUUCAAAUCAAUCUGUCUUGGUCUCAUGGACUCGGCUUUUAUUUUCCUACUGUUAACUAUUGUGCCUUCAUGUUUAUCCAUCCAAUGUUACCAGUGUGACAGCAAUGAAGACAUUUCGUGCCCUUCUGACGAAAAGUUUGAUACCAAAAUCAAUGCCUUAGUAAACUGCGAUAGUUUUGAAGCCAACGUACCUGGCCAAUUUUGCAUGACGAAAAGGCAAGAAAGUCCUGGCUGGAAUGGCUGGAUUAAAAUCACUCGAAGAUGUGCAAGUCGAACACUUUCAGGUGUUGCUUGGGGUUGUCGCUGGUCAUGGGAUGAAGCUGGUGUUUUCACAGAAACCUGUUAUUGUGACGAGGAUGGUUGCAAUGCUGCCCCACACACCUCUGGUCAUCUUAACAUAAUACUCUUUUUAUCAUCAAUUCUGCUGGCCAUGUGCCAACUCUUUAUGUUUUCAUGA